AUUAACGGCCAUUGUUUACUUAUAUCCUCUGUAACGCUUGCUCCUUGGCUUUGGCGGCAGUCUACUGCAUACUCUGUUCUUUAUUCCCAUUAUUCUUGUUCUUGAGACACCGGCAGACCGUAGGACAGUUUACUGGGCCUCGUAAACCCCUCUGUCGUUAGUGUUGGGGUUGAGCGGUCAUCUGUCGUGUUCUGGGAUCCUAAUACUGAAGGGCUGCGGUAGAUUGUUUGUCAAUGGCCCUUCACACCUUGCCCUUUUUAGGUUUAUUUACCACUUGGUUAUCAAGAGUUGUUUUGGCUGUUUGAAGCUUUAAUCAUAAUCGAGAAACGCUUGGCGAGAAGGGUAAACCGAACGCCUGCUUUUGCAGAGUACCUUUUAUGACCUAGCUUAGGACUUCAACUAUUAUAAUCCAAGCUUCCACGUUCCGUAGUUUUUCUUUCUUUUGAGCAGAUGUUACAUGUUUUGAGGAUGGUAAGGAGAUUUCAGGCCAAGAUUCCCAUACCCGCUUAUCUUGUUUAUCUGGUUAAACCAAGAGUACUCUUAUUCAGGUUCAAGUCCUGGGAUAAGCUAACUCCAUGUAUCAUUUACAUAUUCCUUUUUGUCAUAGUCUUAUUUCUGCUACUAUUUCUAAAUAUUUUCACGUGAGAAAAGUUUUUCCAACUUAUUCAAGGAUGCUCACAAUGCCGUAUUAAAAUUUGAUGGGCUUAUCCCUUGUUG